AUGGGAAGCCGGGGCUCUUCAAGUUCUACCUGCCCUGUAGUGAAGCUACAACAGCAACUCAUCAGGGAGACUUGUCAUUUGGUAUCUAAGCGAGAUGAGGAUGUUUGUAGUUUCCUAGAAGGAGGAUUAUUAAUUGGAGGUUCUGACAGCAAACUCAUUUACAAACAUUACGCAACACUGUAUUUUGUCUUCUGUGUGGAUUCCUCAGAAAGUGAACUUGGCAUUUUCGAUCUAAGGGAAGUAUUUGCAGAAACAUUACACAAAUGUUUUGAAAACAUCUGUGAACUGGACUUAGUAUUCCAGGUAGACAAGGCUGGCUUAGCUGGAGCUCCAGCUUGUGCUGUAUCAGCUGCAAAGAAUAUGAAUCUUCCCAAGAAAUAUUAG